AUGGACUACCGCAUAGACGAGCUCGGCCGUUUUCGCAUCCUCUUGGGCGGCCUUUCCGCCUCGCUCGCCCUCUCCGUGUUUUACGGCUUCAACCUUCUCAGCAACUACCUUCAGAAGGAGUACGGCUUCAAUACGAAUGACCUGACCACCAUCACAACCACCGGCAUCGCCGUCGGGUUCGUGACGUUCCCCGGGGGCAUGCUGCUCGACUACGCGGGGCCGAUGUGGGUGCUCAUCAUUGCCACCACCUCGUGCACGCUGGGCGCUCUCCUCUUUGGGCUGGCGUUCCAGGGCCUCAUUGCCGCCUCUGUCCUGCGCUUUUCCGUCUUCUGUGCCUUUUUGAACUUUGGCUGCGCGUGGUUCGACGCCGGCUCGCUGAUGGCGGUGCUCGGGAGCUUCCCGCGCACGCGGGGCCUCGUGGUGGCCUUGAUGAAGACGUAUGGCGGCAUCGGCGCCUCCGCGCUGGCCGUGAUCAACUACAGCUUUUUCCGCGAGAGGUACGCGGCCUACAUGUACUUCAUGGCGAUUGCUGUGGCGGUGCUUGGGGGCAUCGCGAUAUGGUUUGUGCGGUUCCCGCCGUACCACCUUGUGGACCGCGAGAAGAAGACCGUGCCGUCGGAGAUCCAGGAGCGGCGGCGGCUGAUCGAGCCCUACUACCUGCAACAGCAGCCGCCGAUGCGGCGCUUCUUCCUCGGCUGCUUCCUCAUGCUGGCUCUAAUCAUCUACCUGACGACGCAGUCGCUGUGCGUGGCCUACGUGGGCGGGAUAUCCGACGGCACCCGCAUGGGCAUCACCAUAGGGGCGAUUGUGCUGGUGCUCCUACUGGCGACGGUUGCGGCGCCGCUUCCGUUUCUUGGCGGCAUGUCGCAGCCCGCGAACGAGUUCCUCCCGCCGUUGCCGUGCAGCGCCGUGGAGGUGGGGGAGCGGGUGCUGCCGGUGCAGGGGGCAGACGAGGCGGAGGAGGCGCAGGCGGUUCGCGGCGACCUUGACCCGCAGUACCAGGGCACCUUCUGGGAGGACCUGAGGACGCCGGACUUGUGGAUGCUGUUCUGGACCAUGCUGGUGACUUGGGGCUGCGGGAUCGUCCUCAGCUUCAACAGCGCCCAGAUAUAUCGUGCGUUGAACGACAACGAAUACGACGCUGCCACAAACACGAUGUACUCGUCCAUUCUUGGCGUCGGGAACGGUGUGAGCCGCCUGGCGCUGGGGGUCCUGGAGGUCGUGAUCCUCCGCCGGCCCCCGGAGCGGCGUCCCACAGCCACCUGCCUCUUCCCGAUUGCCUCGUGCAGCUUGUUCCUAGGCGUGCUGUUUUUGCUGGCCCUGCCGCUGCGCUCCAAGGCCGUCAUCAUUGGGUUCUUUCUCAGCGGGUUCGGCAACGGCUCGGCCUGGGCGAGUGCGGCCCUGGUGGUGCGCUCCGUGUACGCGAAGGACAUCGGCAAGCACUACAACUUCAUGUUUUUGGCGGCGCUUACCGGCGUCAUCGUGCUGAACCGCUUUGCGUACGGCGAGCAGUACACGCGGGCGGCAAGGCGGGGCCACUCCUACCCCCACUGCGGCGGAAAGGCGUGCGUCCAGAAUGGACUCAUCGUUCUCCUGUGCGCAUGUGCGACGGCCAUUGCUACGAGCGUGCUUGUGCACGUCCGCUACACCCGCUUCGUGAAGAGGACGCGUGCCGCUGUGGAGGUGUGCAAGCGUGCGUCCGGUGCCCCCGAGGACGAGAACCACGAAGGUGGUAGGUAA